AUGAGACGAAACAGACCAGCGCUUGACACGAUAGUUAAGGCUGACCGCCAACGAGCACACCAAUCGGGGAUGACACCGCAGUGUAAAUCUUUUCCCGAAGUGGCAAUGUCGAUCGUCCGUCCUAUGAAUACAACUGUUAUCGACCUGUCAGGUGAACUUCUUAACAAUUUGGUAUACUCAUGA